CUGCCGUCCUCAAACCUUACACAUUAUCACUCAACCUUCAGCUGAUUGUCUUCCAGCUCAGGAUGCAGCACAGGACGAUGGUGAUGUACAUGGAGAUCGGGUGCUUCGUGUCCAGCCUGUCCGGCUGGAUGCUGGUGUGUUCCACGCUUCCCUUAGACUACUGGUCCUACUCAGAAGACUUGCAAAACGUACUAACCACAGGGGACUACUACUUCAACCUGUGGAGGGACUGCGUCCUGGACGGCACGGGGGCUGUUGACUGCAAGGAGUACCCGUCCAUGCUGGCACUGUCUGCGUUCCUCCACGCCUGCAGAGCUCUCACCAUCUCCGCCGUCAUCGUCGGAUUCUUCGGAAGCGUCCUCACACUGAUCGGCAUGAAAUGCACUAAAUUAGGAGGGUCAGAGGUCGCCAACGCCAGAGUGACCUUUUCAGGCGGCAUAACCUACCUGGUGUCAGGGUUCUGUGGCAUGAUCACCUACUCGAUGUGGGCCAACAAAACCAUAAAUGAAUUUGUGAAUCCACAGUUUAUGGACUUGAAAAAUGAACUUGGAGCUGCUAUUUUCAUUGGCUGGGGAGGCUCCGUCCUCCUGAUCCUUGGGGGAGCAGCGUUGAUUUACUUCUCUGGAAAAGAAGCGCUACCAUCAAAUUCCCAGGCAGUUCCUAAGAGGCCAGUCUCCUACGCCACUGCCCGGACCCGGUGCACCUACAGGCUGCCGGCUUCGGCGUCCAGGGUGAGUCUGGUGCCACCGCUGCUGUAUGAGGGCAGGCAGAGCCGGACCACCAGAACCACGAUAAAGACAGGACGCGCCUACAGCCAAGACAGCUUCGUCUGAGUCACAGCGGAAAUCUGAGGCUGUAACUUCAUAUGACGCCAUAUAAGAAUUUAUUAUUAUUAUUUCCUCUAUUCUAAGAAGCCAGACCAGCGCCAUGCAGUGGUUUCUGUCCUCUAUGUGAGUCUAAACUCAGCCACUUGAAGUGCUCUGGGUUUCAGCCUGCAGCCACUGGGAGGACUGGACUGAACCACGUCACAGAUUUAUUAUAGAAAUGUAGCUCUGAUGAUUAUUAUCACAUUUAUGCUUAUUUCAGGAAGUCUACAGUCAACGAUUUAGUAUAAUAAAGUUGUUAAACAGAUAAAUCUUCUAAAAUGAUUCAUUUAAUGAUAAAAAUAAGCAAUGUACCUUGCUCAUGGACACACCUGGUGCCAGAAGCAGGGAUUGAACCUGAGACCUUCUGCUUGUUACUGUUGCAAAAACACCCUCGUAAGAGGGAA